UUGUCUCAUGUUCAAGAGUGUAGGAGCAGCUUGGUUGGGGAUAGAUAGACUAUUUGAAGGGGUUCAAUUUCAGAGACGCAUCAUGUUGUGUUAUUGUCAUCCUCACACCAAGGUAUGAUAACCAUCUUCAGCCUACAAGGAGCUGUCCUGGCCAUUGUGUCUGUGGCAUCUCUCAGUGUCUUCUUCACUUUCUGUCUGUGGUGCAGGAGGAAAACCAAAAUAAUACAUGAAGAGAAUCAAAUUUAUGACCCUCAAAUAUUCCAUCGCGAAGGUAGCAGAUUUGCAGUAAUGCGAUCUAAAACAGUCACACGACCCAACCAGAUUGUAAGAGACCUGCCUCCAACACCAGUGGAAAAAACACCACAAGUUGUGAAUGAGGAGCAAGCGAAAUAUCAAAAUGUUGUAACAGCUCAGAUGGGAAGCAUUGAACCAACAUAUGUAGAUCCAAUCCCAGCGUUAGUGUACCAGAAUGUUAAUGAGAGUAGAAAUGCAGAAACGGAUGGUGAUCAAUAUGAGAAUGUUUUUCCAUCUAUUGAUACAAUCAGCCGUGACUCUGAUGGAUCAGAUUACGAGAACUCUGAAUUCCUGGCGCAAGUGAAGAUGGGGUUAGAGGAUGAUGAACCAGAUUAUGUGAACGACACUGACUGAUAUGGAAACUACAUGCUCUACGAGUAGAUGUCUAUGGGAAUGGACUUUCUCACGAUCUUUGCUGAGAUGCUUGGAUAAAUGUUAAGUGAUAAUAUGUAUGUCAAUGUGCUAUAACAGAGCAAUGCCAUUUUAGGGUAAACACCCAAAAUGUUAUUACUUCAUCAUGAAUUCCCUUGAGUCAAAAAAUGUGAGGAACCAUGUACAGCAGGGAUGGGCAACUGGCAGCCCACGGAUCAAUUUCCAAAACUCAGUCGGGGUCUCAAUUUACAGUUGAGAGAAUAGCAGAAUACACAAGGUGCACUUUCGAAAUGUGCAGUUGUGCAUCACCAGUUAUGUCAGUCACUCAAUUAGCUCAUGUCAGCUAACAUUUUUUAGAUUGGUAAAUUAGACUAGCGGCCAGCCAUCUAAACAUGUAGUAAUCAUGUUCGAAUUACUGACUUGGGCCCCCAUUGAUCAUCAGUUAUCAUAUUAAAAUGUCUCUACCCUAUGGCAAAAUGUGUAGAAUUGCAGAAAAUUCGCAUGAAAACGGCUACUUUUUCUUCGCCCCCCAUGGAAAAAUUAGUAGAAUAACAUGAAAUUAACUCUAAAACGUAAUUUGUCCCCGUUCUGUCAAGGUGGGGCAAAACAUUUCUGCUCACAAGGUGGGGGGAGGGGCGCAACAAAAUGUUGCUUACGCACCCAAAAAGGCUAGGGCCGGCUCGGACUACAUGUGUGGUGGGUACACAGACCCGGCGAGCCACAGCAGCCCCUCGUGAGGAGUUCCGAUUUUUGUGGCCCCGACCCCCAUCAAUGUUGACCAUCCCUGAUGUAGAGUAUUUUUCAUUGUUUGAGUGUUACUGUGUAACUGUCACCAUCUAGUGGUACAAAAUUAAUACAAGAGACAGCUCAGAAUGUUUUUUAAAAUGUAGAUAACAUCUGUCAGUCUGUAUUAAUAAAUCCUUACUACAAAACCUUUAAA